AUGGGUACCUCCAUCCCUACCGAAGCAGCGCCGGCAUACGAGGAGCUCUUUGCGGGGCACGAAAGACCCGGCAAUACUUCCUCUGGCUACACAUCCAUCCCCCAAGCCGACCUCCUGCAACCCGAAGAAAUCGACAUUGAGCAACAGCAACAACAAUCCGACGAUGUACACCUUCACCAACACCAACACACCGAAGACGGCGACAGGGUAGACAGAGGAGAAGGACACAUCCACUGCACCGCCUGCGACCGCCUCCUCGAGCGCAAAGAGCAACGCAUAAAUCAGCGGCAUUGCUGCACCAUGGUCGCUGUGACGUUCAUGGUCAUAUUUAUAUGUUUAAUGGUUUUGGGAUUCGGAAUAACCGUCGCUAUAAAGCAUUGA